UGCCCACCAUAUCCAGCCGGUGAAACAGCUGAAACUUUGGAGCAGAUAAGAGUAAAACUCCUGUCUGAAGUAAUGAUCCGAAAUAAUGAAGACAAAGUAGCUGCCAUGAUGGACAAAACGUUUGCACUAAGACGUCUUGAGGUAGUCCAAGAUGCACCCAUGGUAGCGGAUUUCAAAGCAAGGUGGCCAGGUCUCUUUAAUGUGAGGGAGGUGAAAGCAGAAUUCAAGAGGAUAACCACAGUUGAGCUGCAGUCCAAGUUCUUCUUGCAACUUGAUGCACAUUCUGAAAACUUGAUGAAAGUGUUUGCCAGAAAAGGAGGAGUCCUCGGGAAAAAGAUAAAGGCAGUGAUGCUUCCAAUGACUCGGGCUGACAGCAUUGAUGUCAAAAGAGAAUGCAUCCUCAGAGGCUUGACAGUGUACUUAAAUGAGGAUCCACAAAAAUUUGUGAAGGACUACACGACUGAUGAUCAGUGUAUCGAAAGAGACCUGGCAGAAACGGUCUUUGGGAUCUAUGUGAUUCGACACAAUGGUGCAGACCCUGAUGACGAUCCUGAGGACAUUGGAAUCGUUUUGGAGGGGGUAGAGGUACUGAGUGGUUUGAGAAGUGUCCCAUUCGCAAUGGCAAUGUUUCUCGGACUUGUGUAUUCUCUGAACAUUAGUUACCCUCCAGAAUUAAAAUAUACAUUUGAAGCUGUGCAGAAAAUCAUAAUGGAGAUGGAAGGAAACAAGCUGUCAGCCAAAGUGCAAACUCUCAAAACACUGCUGGCACGUUCAUCAUUCUAAAAACGACAUUUUAGUGGCUGCCCAUACUAUUUCUUACUUACAAAGAUUGUUAGUUUCAUUUGCACUUUAAAGCAGUUUGUAAGAUGUAUUUGAUGUCUUAACUUUAUAACAAUUUUGAAAGCAAAAAGCUUUUAGUGGGCUGAGGAGAUUUAAGAGAAAUAUGGGAACAACAAUGUGACAUACUGAAGAUUGGAUAUCCAAGGACACCUUUUCUUUAUAUUUCAGGAGUUAAAAUAUAUGUUUGAAGCUGUUCAGGAUCUGCAAGGAAACGGGUGGUCAGCCAAACUUUCAAAACACAGCUGGUGUGGACAUUACUUAAAAAAAGGGAGAGCACACAAUUCACAGGCUGCCCAACUUACUGUUAUUUGUCUAUGAAUGUUAAAGAUUCAUGUUGCACUUUUAAAAGUCUGGAUUUUGGAAAAUUGUUGUCUUGCCAGUUUGUAAAAUAUUUCAAAUAAUCUUUUUCAACUUUUUUACACUUUUAUGUCAGUCAAAAGCUUUUAGCAUGCCAAGUAUAUUUGAAAAAAAGAAAUAUGUGAAGACUGGAUAUAAACACACUGUCUUUAUUUCCAGAAUUAAAAUAGAUAUCUGAAGCUGUUCAGAAAAUCAUUUUGUAUCUGCAAGGAAAUGAGUGGUCAAAACACAGCUGGUGUGGACAUUACUUAAAAAAAAAAAAAAAGGGGAGAGCACACAAUUCACAGGCUGACCUACUUACUGAUCUGUAUUUAUGAAUGCUAAAGUUUCAUGUUGCACUUAAAAGCGGUAGCUAAGUCUGGAUUUGGGAGAAUUCUAGCCUCAUCAGUUUAUUAAAGAUUUCAUAUUACAUUUUUCAACUUUUUCACUGUUUCAUCACGUCAGUCAAAAGCUUUUAGUGUGCCAAGCAGAUUUAAAAGAAAUAUGUGAACAGCAAUGUAAAAAACUGAAGACUGCAUAUAUCUUGUUGCAUCUUUUUUCCUCGUUCUGUGAACUGUAAGGAGCGAUGACAUAUUGAGUAAAGUUGCACUUUAGUAUUUUUUUUUUUUUUUUACUCAUAAAAACACAUGGU